CCCAGGCGUUACGCUGCCAAAAGGUGUGCGACGUGCUCGCAGACGAUCGACAGCACGGAAAUGGUAAUGCGCGCUCGUGAUUGCGUUUUUCACCUGGAGUGUUUCGCGUGCGUGCAAUGUAAGCGUGUUCUAACUACGGGAGAUAGUUUUGGCAUGAUUGGUCACAAGGUUUACUGUCACAUUGAUUUUCAAACGUUCGUCGUUCAGAAGCAAGCGAGAAGGAAAAGGGAAAAUGGUGAAGGGAGAUCGAAAAAGCGGAAACACGAGGUUUUGAGUUGUGGAGGUAAAUCAUUUACAUCUCGUGCCUGUGUGCAGGUUUAGAUAAGUUUUAGGCAACGCGUAGCUUUUGGAAACAGUGAUUCUCAUUGGCCGCCCUAAUUUACUAAUUGUUUUUGUGUUUAGAACAAUGGAUUUGUUUUGUUUUUGAGAAAACCUCCCGUCCCAAGCGCCCUUUCAACAAUUACGUGACAAAUCCAUCCUUCAAAAUCAUACCCUUUCGUCAGUUGAGAAAACUCUCAUGCAAGCUCUCACUUCUCAACUCUCAUGUAACUCUUGUUCUCGUUUGUAUGGGACAUGAGAGUUAACUCUCAUGCAAACUCUCGCUUCUCAACUCUCAUCAACUCUCGUAUAACUCUUGACUCUUGUUCUCUUUUGACCGGGGCACGAGAGUUGAGAACUCUCAUGCAAACUCUCGCUUCUCAACUCUCAUCAACUCUCAUGUAACUCUUGACUCUUGCUCUCGUUUGUAUGGGACAUGAGAGUUGAGAAAAUUCUGAUGCAAACUCUCACUCCUCACCACUCAUGCAACUCUUGUUCUCUUUUGUUGACCGGGGCACGAGAGUUGAGAAAACUCUCAUGCAAACUCUCGCUUCUCAACUCUCAUCAACUCUCAUGCAACUUUUGUUCUCGUUUGAUCAAACUCUCGCUUUCAACUCUCAUCAACUCUCGUGCAACUCUUGUUCUCGUUUGUAAUGGUCAUGAGAGUUGAGAAAACUCUCAUGCAAACUCUCGCUUCUAAACUCUCAUGCAACUCUUGUUCUCGUUUGACCGAGGCACGAGAGUUGAGAAAACUCUUAUGAAACUCUCGCUUCCCUACUCUCAUCAACUCUCAUCAACUCUCAUGUAACUCUUGUUCUCGUUUGUAUGGGACAUGAGAGUUGAGAAAAUUCUGAUGCAAACUCUCACUUCUCAACACUCAUGCAACUCUUGUUCUCUUUUGACCGGGGCACGAGAGUUGAGAAAACUCUCAUGCAAACUCUCGCUUCUAACUCACAAAAAUUGCCUCGUGUAACAUAAGCACUCUUAAAAGCAAUUCCCUUUUUUCUUCAGGUUUAACAUUCCAAGAUGGUUGCCCACCCUUCACGCUAGAUGGUCGAGCCCACUGUAGUACAAAAACCAAACGAGUACGUACUUCAUUUAAGCAACAUCAACUGCUCAUCAUGAAAGCAUACUUUGCGCUAAAUCAUAAUCCGGACUCGAAAGACCUCAAACAGUUAUCUAUCAAAACUGGACUGUCAAAACGUGUUCUGCAAGUAUGGUUUCAGAAUGCCAGAGCAAAGUAUAGACGAAUUUUAACACAGGGAGAUUUGACUGAGGGGCAUAUGUUUUGCGAAUUAGAACAAUAACAUGAUUCCAAACCGCGCAAGCAAUUCUAACACAGGGAGAUUUGAGACAGUUGUAUCUACGAAAUGCCUGCUCGACGCUCUGCCAACUGAGCUACUCAGUCAGGUCCCAUUGCGGACUGGAAUUAUGGUUUAUAUACUGAAUAUCGUAAACAUACUCGUUUGUAUCAAUUCAGC